AUGGAGGCAAGGGACAUUGUGUUGCGGGCUGCGGCUGCCGACGGGGGCGGUGGGCUCGGCUGCGACGUGGGGCUCAUGGCUGUGCGGUCUCGCGCUCGGGCUGGCCCCCUACGGCCGCUGGCCGAUGUGGUGGCGGCGGCGACGGGGGGCGGCGAGCUGGCGGAUGGCGUCCUUGCCGAUCUGGGCACGCAUCUUGGGCGCCUCGGCCCGGAGGACGGACUCGCAGGCGUGGUGCUGCCACUUGCGGCGGCGGCGGUGCGGCAAGUGAGUGCGAGGGCGGCGCUGGGGUAUCUGAUCCGCGAGGAGGGACCGGCGCUGGCGGCGGCGGCGGCGCAGGUUGGAGCCAUCGGCGAGCCGGCUGAUACGCUGAUGGUGGUGGUAGCGCUGAUGAAGCUGGCACCAACGCUGAAGCGUGCCUCACGUCCGGCGAACGAGUCGGGAAACUCGCCGUGGGCGUCAGUGGCGGUCCCGGUCGGCGUUGCAGUCCUGAGGUGUGCCGCUGACGAGCCGGGGCCGACUCGGCUGACUCUCGCCGCGGCUGAUAUGGUGGCGAUGGGGCGGAUGCUGCAGGCAGAGGCCGACGCAGCUCUGGAGACACUGCUGCGGACGCAUGCUCGAUGGGCGGUAGGCGCAGGACAAGGCGCAAUGGCGGCGGCAUGGGCGGCGGUUGUCGACGCGGUGUGCGGUGGGCGCGGCCCGAGCCAGGCCGUGUGGGCUGCGGCUCGAGUCGCGCUCUCGCCUAGCCAGGCGAUGGAAGUGGGUGCAGUGAGCGUGCGCAAGGCGGUGCGCCGGGCGCAGGAGGCGGUCGACUCUGGCGGCUUGGCCGGUGCCGCGCUCGCCGCGCUGGCGCUGGGGGCGAAGUUGGCGGUGCGAGGCGGCGCGCGAGUUCCGGGCCUGGUUGUGGUGGCGGAUGGCGCCGCUGCCGAGGUCGAGAUCAGUGGCGAUGAGGCGAUGGUGUGGCGGUUUACGCUGGACGUGGUUCUGGAUGAUGUGCUGAGGGUGAGCCGGUGGCGGGAUGUGGCCGAGUUGGCGCUGCGGUUGGCGACGCAGGGAUGCUGGCGGCUCGGCGCGAGCAGGGUGUUGGCGAGUGCGGCGCGACGCGCAGAGGUGAGUGUGCGGCGAAUGCAAGAAAGGGUCAUUCCUGCUGUUCUCUGCUCGCCGGACGCGAUCACGGUCUUUCCACCUGCGGUGGUGGUGCCGGCGCUGCUGAUGAAGCAGACGACGGGCGCGUCGGCUGCAUUGUGGCGAGUACUGAGCAAUGUGGAGCUUGUGGAUGGAGGGUUGGGAGCAGUGCUCGACGUGUGUAUGGCCACAACGACCGGCGAUCCAUCUGGAGCGAGAGCAGGCUAUCCGGAAUCUGCAGCAAGUUGGGCGUUGGCUGAGGUCUCGGCGUGGGCGUCGUGUCCGGAGCCACGAUCCCCCGGCGAGGAGGCGCAGCUGGCGAGCAUGGCGAUGGCUGUUGUGGUCCGCAAAGGCAUUGCGUUUCCGGCGUCGCCAAUGGCAGCCAAGGUACUUGCGGCACUCUCUGGGCUGCUCUCGGCCAGUGAUGACGCGGCGCAGGCAGCCGGAAGGGCGCUGAGAGACGGGGUGAGCGCGGCCAUGGACCGGGUCCGGAACGUGUGCAGCGAGUCUACGCUUUUCGCACGACUGGCGCCGCUGCUGCUGCUGCAAGCUGCGCCGGGGCGUGUGCUCACCCACGCGUCAAGCGCCGAGCUUGUCGAACUGGUUGUGGCGCGGCUGCACGCCGCCAACGAGACGGCCGAGGUGCGACAGGUGGCGGCGCGGGUGCUCGGGCGGCUCGAUCCAGCCCUCACUGUGGACGAGGCGACGGAGCGGGUACAGGGAGCCAUGGCGCGCGGAGAGUGGGAUGCAGCCGGUCGUGACGGGCGGGCACUGAUGUGCGCGGUGAUGAGCCACGGCGGCGAAGCCGGAGUGUCUGCCUCGGCCGCCUCUGCUGUGGCGGCCAUCGGCCCGCGGCUGUGCAGAGAGAGCGAGAGUGUGCGUGACUGGAUCGCAUUUAUGCUCACGGCCCGCCGAGCGAGCGAGGCGGUGCUUGACGCGCUGCCGGAGGCUUGGGCGGUGCAGGUGGUGGCGGUGUGUGUGAAGCGGGCCAGUCCGGGACAGCGGCAGCAGCUGGCAGCCGAGUUGGAGCCGCGGAUGGCAGCGGUGGCGAGUGUGACGCCUGCGGGCGUCGCGCUACUCCUCCAAACUGCGCAUCAACUGAUCAAGCCGCCGGUGGAGCCGGGGCCGAAUGUGACGCGGCUGCUGAGCGAUCUUGCGCUCCAGGUGCUGCAGCGAGGCGCAGGCACGCAAGGGCUCGACGCUGCGGUGGCAGUCGCGGGCACGCUGCUCUGCGCCGCUGACGCGGUGUUUGCGGUUGACGGCGGCAAGACGCUCAUGGAGCUGCAGGCGCAGCUUGUGGUGGUGGGCGAGAGCGGGCACGCACUGGCAGCGUCGCUGGCGCAGGUGCUUGGUGGGAGCCGGACCUAGGAGGCUUUGCAGCAAGCAAAGAGGCCCUGCUUGCGGCGCGGGG